CAGAGAGAGGAAGAGACAGGCAGCAUACAGGAGCCAGAACGGAGUAGCAGCCUGAAUCAGGGACACACACAUUCAGGAAUAGGCUGUGACAGUCACCGGGAGGCGAGCAGCCUGUCUGCAACAACAUGAACCGCUUCAAGCCAUCUAAAUACAAGAACUGCAUCCCGAAGAUCCCCAAAAAGGAGGGAUGGAUCGGGGACAUCGGAGGUGCAUCUACUACUACCAGUGGGAACAACAUCAAGUGUGGACGCAGUCGUAUUGUCUAUAAUACUGACAGUGCUGGGGUGCUGGGGAUCACCUCCCUCCAGGUGGAGCAAGACAAGAAAACACCGUCUCGCCUGCACUGCCACUCAGAUGUGGUGACAGACUUUGCCUUCUCACCUUUUGAUGACAAUCUCCUGGUCACAGGAUCUGCUGACCAAACAAUCAAGUUGUGGCAUUUGACAGAAACUGGACUUGCAGCUGACCCAAAUGGGACACUGGCAGUGACAGGGGGGCAAGUAAAGGCUUUGCAGUUUCACCCCUCAGCUGAUGCCCUACUGGUCUCUACAGCUGGAAAAUCUGCUCAGAUCUGGGAUCUCUCCAGAGAAAUGUCCCUUGCAGCAUUGGAUAAUCACAAUGACCUUGUGCAGAGCAUCUGCUGGAGUCAGGAUGGUGUGCUGAUAGCAACUACAGCCAAGGACAAGAGACUGAGGAUCUUUGAUGUUCGCAAGAGCACAGGAGCCAGCCAGGAUGCCCAGGGCCAUGACAGCAAUAAAGACUCUCGAGUACUGUGGACAAAUUCUAACAACCAUCUAUUAACAUCUGGAUUUAACCAGGUCAGAGAGAGAGAGUUGCUGCUUUGGGAUCUUCGUAAUUUCAGCCGACCUGUGACCUCCUUCUCACUGGAUGCCUCCUCAGGACUUCUCAUCCCGCUCUAUGACGUAGACACAGGGCUGCUCAUCCUUGCUGCUCAGGGUGAAAGCACAAUGUACUGCAUGGAGGUCAACACUGAAUCGCCUUCUCUAACGCAGCUCUCACAGUGCGUCACAGAACAGCAGACUCGCGGAUUGGCACUGGUGCCCAAACUCUGCCUUGAUGUGCUGAGCUGUGAGCUUCUCCGCCUCCUGCAGCUGAGUGACAGGUUCAUCAUUCCUAUCAGUUAUAACGUCCCACGCAAGGCAGUUCAAGACCUUCCACUGGACCUUUUCCCUGACACAGCCGGAUUCAUAGCACCACACUCUGCCCAGAGCUGGUGGUCAGGAGUCAAUAAGCAGGUGGAGAAGGUCUCCUUAAAUCCAUCCCAAAGAACAGUCACUUCAUUUCCCACAAGAAAAGAGCAGAAAGUGGCAUCUCCUGAGCAGAAAGUGGCAUCUCCUGAGCAGAAAGUGGCAUCUCCUGAGCCGAGUGAAGGGAGCGCCCUGUCUUCUCCCUCCAGCUCAGUCACUUCUCCCUCCAGUGGGAUUGUUUCCAGCACCAGUCAACGUUCCCUGCAAAGCAUUCUGGGUCCCAGCUCACGGUUCCGUCAUACUCAGGGCACUGUCCUCCAUCGUGACAAUCACAUCACCAACCUGAGAGGAGUAAGCCAGAGCACGCCAGGAGAAAGCGAUGGCUUCUGUGUGAACUACCAGCGAGCAGCUGUGCCUUUGGCUGGGCCAGGGGGUCAGAUAGCAGUGUUGGAGCUGUCACAGCCAGGACGUUUACCAGACUCCCUGCCGACUAUUGAGAACACAGUGCCUGUCACCGACCUUACAUGGGACCCCUUCAACCCCCAGCGACUGGUCACAGGUGGAGAAGACGGAAGGAUUAAAGUUUGGAUAAUUCCGCAGGGUGGGCUUAAGGAGACCCUCAGUGACCCUCACUCAGUUCUUAUUGGUCACAAUGAGCGGAUCUACACAGUGCGAUUCCACCCCUGUGCUUCGGAUAUUCUCGUCUCCUCUUCUUAUGACAUGACAGUGCGAGUCUGGAACCUGAAGGAGGGUAGAAAUGUGCUGACUUUGCAAGGCCACGGAGAUCAGAUUUUCUCCCUUGCCUGGAGUCCAGAUGGCAAAUAUUUGGCUACUUGCGGUAAAGAUCAGCGUGUUCGUAUGUAUGAGCCUCGGGUUUCCAACCAACCAAAGCAAGAGGGUGCUGGGCCGGAAGGUGCCCGAGGUGCGCGUGUCCUUUGGGUGUGUGAUGGUAAAUAUCUCCUUGUGUCAGGAUUUGACAGCCGAAGUGAACGCCAGCUGACUCUGCAUAGUACAGAAAACCUGUCACAGGGUCCUAUCACCACCAUCAGUCUGGAUGUGUCACCCUCAACUCUUAUCCCACACUAUGACCCAGACAACGGCAUCCUGCUGCUCGCUGGGAAGGGUGACACCAGAUCCUUCAUAUAUGAGGUGACAGCAGAAAGCCCCUAUUUCCUGGAAUGUAACAGCUUCGUGAGCAGUGACCCACACAAGGGUGUCCAGUAUUUGCGGAAAACUGACUGCGAUGUGCGUGAAGUGGAGAUUCUGCGUGCUUUCCGUCUUUGCAAUAGCUCACUUGAGCCUGUAGCUUUCCGUGUUCCACGCGUUAAGAAAGAGUUCUUCCAGGAUGAUGUGUUCCCUCCUACCCGUGUGACCUGGGAACCAGCGCUGUCUGCAGCAGAGUGGCUCAGCGGUAAAGACAAGCAGCAGCGUACUGUUAAUCUGUGUCCUGCAGGCAUGACUCCAGUCAGCCAGGCUCCUAAAGAAGCACCAAGCAAGAAGUUUGUCCCCUCUUCUGUCUAUCUCCAGGAGAAGACUGAUGAGCAGAAGAAGGAGGAGCUGCUGAAUGCAAUGGUGGCAAAACUAGGCAACCGGGAUGACCCACUGCCCCAGGAAGCCUUUGAAGGGGUAGAUGAGGAUGAGUGGGAUUAGUGGUGACCCCUGAUGCUCCCAGCUGCCUGUUCACCUCUUCCCCCUCUCCCGUGUAACUGGAAAUGGCUCAGAAGGCGGUUCAGCGAAUACAUUCCAAUCCCAGGGA